GGAAGGUGAGAUUCAGGCCGCACUCUGAGACGGACACAGACAGAGGGAUUCUGACGCUAACAUGAGCAGGGUACAGUGGAUUGAAGAUGACUUUGCUCUUCCUUUUGGAGCGUCUCGAUUGAUUACUGAAGAGCCGGAAGACGGCCAAACCUACAUCAUGUAUCAUGGCACCAAAAAGGAGAAUGCUGAGGGAAUCCGUAGGAACGGUUUCUGUCAGUCUGCAGAUGGGAUGCUUGGUCGUGGGGUCUACCUCAGCAGAGACCUGCAAAAAGCAAGUCGCUAUCCUAUUAAUCAUCCUGAAUGGGAUAAAGUGGUCAUCGUGGUUCAGGUCAAUGUGGGGAAAGUGAAAGCAAUUGAUCGCCAGAACCACCCUCUGCAGAAGACCUGGCAUAACCAUGGGUAUGACACCGCCUGGGUGCCGCCCAACUGUGGGAUGACGAAGAGCGGCCUGGAGGAGAACUGCGUCUGGGAUCCUGCUCGAAUCCAGGUACAGUGGAUUGAAGUUGACUUUGUUCUUCCUCCUGGAGCGUCUCGAUUGAUUACUCCACAGCCGGCGGACGGCCAAACCUACGUCAUGUAUCAUGGCACCACCACCAGGAAUGCUCAGGGAAUCUAUAUGAGUGGUUUCUGUCAGUCUGCAGAUGGGAUGCUUGGUCGUGGGGUCUACCUCAGCAGAGACCUGCAAAAAGCAAGUCGCUAUCCUAUUGAUCAUCCUGAAUGGGAUAAAGUGGUCAUCGUGGUUCUGGUCAAUGUGGGGAAAGUGAAAGCAAUUGAUUACCAGAACCACCCUCUGCAAAAGACCUGGCCUUACCAUGGGUAUGACACCGCCUGGGUGCCGCCCAACUGUGGGAUGACGAAGAGCGGCCUGGAGGAGAACUGCGUCUGGGAUCCUGCUCGAAUCCAGUUCCUUCAACUCAUUAAACCCAUUUUAAUCCCAUGGUAGUCCAACUCGGACAGCACUGAUGAAUCAGUCAUCACUUGUUUUAAAUGUUGUAUGAUUGAAUGAAUAAAAUCAUGUUUCACUCUGUCAAUUUGACCGGAGAAAUAAAAUUUUUAAAGUUCAAAGCUGUGACUGAUUCUAAAUUAAAACAUUUCAGUCUCUGAUAUCACUUAAAAAACUGCAGUUGCGUAACUUUAUUUUAAAGGCAACGGAGUUAUGAGGCACUCAGAUAUACCUCCA